AUGGAUCAAAUGUCGGGAUUCCGCGUCGCGGCCAAAUUGGAGAAAUCGCGUCUGCUGCUCGCCAUAAACUCCAUAGCAGCCCUCUCAAUCUUCUUCUUCGGCUACGACCAAGGAAUGAUGGGCGGCGUAAACAACGCACCCGACUACAUCUCCCUCAUGGGCAUAGGCUACACAGACCCCCUAACCCACACCCCAAUAAUAACGCACUCCCUCCUCCAAGGCGGCAUAGUAUCAGUCUACUACCUCGGAACCCUAGCAGGUUGUCUUCUAGGUGGCUGGACAGGUGAUCGAAUCGGGCGAAUCAAAACGAUAGCUUUCGGAGCCGCGUGGGCGAUUUUGGGGGCUGCGUUGCAGACUUCUGCUCAAGGGGCUAAUUGGAUGAUUGGUGCUAGGGCGGUUAAUGGAAUUGGGACUGGGGUUUUGAAUGCCAUUGUUCCUGUUUGGGCUACGGAGACGGCGGAACAUACUAGUCGGGGACAGUUUGUUGCUAUUGAGUUUACGUUGAAUAUUUUUGGUGUUGUGGUGGCGUAUUGGCUGGAAUAUGGACUUAGUGGGAUUGAUGGGGGGCAGAGUGCGUUUCGAUGGAGAUUCCCGAUAGCAUUCCAAAUCAUCCCCCUCCUAAUCCUCCUAUCCAUCGUCUGGUUCUUCCCCGAAAGUCCCCGCUACCUCGCCAAAGUAGGCCGAGAAGAAGAAGCGCGAUAUAUCCUCGGACGACUCCGCGGCGAAGACGCUGAAGGGAAAAUCAAAGCGGAUCGCGAAUUACAGGAUAUUAAAGAUAUCGUYGCCCAUGAACGCGCGACGGCCAAUCGGAAUAGUUAUUAUUCCAUGUUGUUUGGGAUUGGAUCUGGGAAAUUACAUACGGGGAGGAGGGUGCAGUUGGUGAUUUGGUUGCAGAUUAUGCAGGAGUGGGUAGGAAUAGCAGGAGUAACAGUCUACGCCCCCACAAUCUUCCGCAUAGCAGGUUUCUCCACGGAAAAAUCCCAAUGGAUUUCAGGACUCAACAAUAUCUUCUACAUGUUCUCCACCCUCAUCUGCGUCUUCACGCUGGAUCGCAUUGGAAGGCGUUGGACGUUGUAUUGGGGAAGUGUGGGUAUGGGAAUCGCCAUGUUUCUCGCGGGGGGAAUGUCUCGGGGUGGACAGAAUGCUCGUGAGGCGGGGUUGGAGGGGGCGGCGGCGACUUCGUAUGGGAUUGCGGCUGCGUCGUUUGUGUUUAUCUUCACGUCGAUUUUUGGGGCGACGUGGUUGACUGUUCCWUGGUUGUACCCCGCUGAAAUCUUCCCGCUCGAAGUGCGCGCCAAAGGAAAUGCAUGGGGAGUGGUGGGUUGGUCGAUUGGAAACGGAUGGUUGACUUUACUCUGUCCCGUCAUGUUCUCGGCCAUUGGCGAGAAGACUUUCUACAUUUUCGGGGCCUGCGGCUUCCUCACGGUGCCCAUGGUGUGGGCCUUGUAUCCCGAGACCAAUCAACGCACCCUCGAGGAGAUUGACCUGCUCUUCUCCUCGGAUAGUCCGUGGGUGUGGGAUGCCGAGAAGAAUUUCGCGCGACUCAAGGCCGAGAACCCCAACAACAUCGUCGCCGCCGCCAGUCGAGGGAACUCGGUGGUGGAUGCCGAGGCGGGCCGAGGGAUCAUUAGCGAGACGUACAAGACGGAUCAAGGCGUGUCCAAGGUGGAGUGA